AUGGAGUCACUUGAUUUUUCAGUUCUACUCCAUGACAGACGCUUGUUGCCGCUCACUCAAAUGAUGUCAUUGACUCUUCUUGAUAACGGUGACAUUUCACCAUCGACGCACAAUCCACUCAUAUUAUUGCGAAUGUAUAAGGCUGCUUUUUGCUCUUCUUGCGAUGGUGUGCACGAAGGAGAUUCAGCAUAUCUCUGCAAGAGUCUUCUUCGCAAUAUGCUGUAUAUUGCUGCUGCUUCUUCUUUUUCUUAUUCUAAUGGCACUGGUCUGGUAUCUUGUGAUAUUGAAAGAGAAGUACAGAUACCAUCUUUUGUUACGCAAAGUAUAGACAUGAGUGGUCGUCUCGCGGAGCGUCGACUUUUUCUUCAACUGCAGCAUCAGAUAUGUAUUCUCCAAGACAUCCUUACACAGACAUCCUUAUCUUCUUAA